GCAGACCAAACUACCAAAGGCAGCCAAGCCAGCUCCGCACCACUCCCCACCCCACGCUCCACGACGCGCGCGCGCGAGCGAGCCAUGGCCGCCCUCCGCCUCGCCUCCUCCGUCACGCUCUGCCCCGCGGCCGCGGCCGCGUCGCCCUCGUCCGCCGCCGCGCCCCGCGCCGCCUCCUUCGCCUGCGCGGUCGCGCGCGGGCUCCCGUCCCUCCGCCUGGCCGCGCCCCGCCGCCGCCGCGGCGACCUCGGCAGGCCCAGGGCCGCCGGCGCCGAGGCCGCGGCCGAGAACUACGCGACCGCGCUCACGGAGGUGGCCGCCGAGAGCGACCUCCUCGACGCGACCGUCGCGGACAUGGAGAAGCUGGAGAAGAUCUUCGCCGAGGAGGCCAUCGCCGAGUUCUUCGACAACCCCACCGUGCCGCGCGAGGAGAAGACGGCGCUCAUCGACGAGAUCGCCAAGUCGUCGGAGCUGCAGCCGCACACCGUCAACUUCCUCAACGUCGUCAUCGACAACACCCGCGCGGGCCUGAUGCCGCAGAUCGUGCGCGAGUUCGAGACCGCCUACAACGCGCUCACCGGCACCGAGGAGGCCGUCGUCACCUCCGUCGUGCAGCUCGAGUCGCAGGACCUCGCGCAGAUCGCCACGCACGUGCAGAACAUCACCGGCGCCGCCAACGUCCGGAUCAAGACCCGCCUCGACCCGGAGCUCAUCGCCGGAUUCACCGUGCAGUACGGCCGCGACAGCUCCAACUUCAUCGACAUGAGCGUCCGCAAGCAGAUCGCGGAGAUCACCUCCGAGUUGGAGAUGCCCUCCGUUAACCUCGAAGUCUGAUGCUUAGUAAUUGCUGUCACAAGGAUUUGCAACACCCGAUAAGAGCGUUGAUCUUCUUCAGACCUGGAGAUGUGACGGAGGGAGGAGGGCAUUCUUUUCUGCAAAAAAUAGUAAUGACAUAAAUCAUUUUUUUGGCAGGAGCCAGCCAUUGUAAUUUCUUUUUUGCCUUUGUGCUGUUGAGAUCUUGUAAUAACAAUAUGCCCCAAAAUACUCAACUAUAGCAGAGUUCGCUCCUCCAAGUUCAGGCAAUGAAGUUUAACAACAUGUA